GCGCAUGCGUACACGACACCUUUCCGUAAACUCGAGAUUGUCAACUUCCUCAUUGAGUGAGAAAGUGCAUUCGUUGACCGUGAUCGACUAUAUUCCAUCGACUCACGUAUAUCGGGAAUUUGUCAUCUAUACAAUGUCGAAGCCACCGCCAAAACCGGCCAAACCAGGCCAAGUAAAGGUGUUCAGAGCAAUGUUCACCUUUGACCCCAGAACUCCUGAUGAGCUGUACUUUGAAGAAGGAGAUAUAUUGUAUAUCUCUGACACUAGUGACAGUCAUUGGUGGAAGGGGACAUGCAGGGGACGAACAGGACUCAUCCCCAGUAACUACGUUGCUGAGCAGGCGGAAUCUAUCGACAACCCGAUGCAUGAAGCAGCCAAGAGAGGCAAUCUGAGCUGGCUGCGAGAAUGUCUGGAGAACAAGGUGGGCAUCAAUGGACUGGACAAGGCUGGGAACACGGCCCUCUACUGGGGUUGUCACGGUGGACAUAGAGAUGUGGUGGAGCUGUUGCUGGGACACCCAAACAUAGAGCUCAACCAGCAGAACAAACUGGGGGACACUCCCCUCCAUGCUGCAGCCUGGAAAGGAUACUCUGACAUCGUAGAAAUGCUGCUCAACAAGGAUUCAAGGACAGACGUCAAGAACAACGAGAACAAGCUGGCGCUGGAGAUGGCCACCAAUGCUCAAUGUGCCUCGUUGAUCAAGAGGAAACAAGGAGGCAACAUCACGCGCUCGCAUAGCAACGCAGAGGAGUACCUGGACGACGAAGACUCGGACUGAGGUGAUCUUCCUCCAGGUCAAAUGACGAGCUCGCCGUUAUGUCUUUUCUCUGACGGACCAGCUCGGUUGAAUUAUGACCCCCCCCUUGAUUCCCCAUCCCUGUGGCAGUUGUGAAUAUUUUCCUUCUAUACUAUGUUUGUGAUUUGUACCUCUUGCCUCCAUGUUCUCUCGCCCUCUCUCUGGGUGUUUAACUCACUGUGUUUACUGUUUGACCCUUUGGUUUAGGGUGUAUUUCCGUAUAGAAGUCUAGGAUUCUUGGGGCUUUAGCUCUGCCCACAGUGGUCCCAGAGAGACAUAGCAAGCAUAAUCAACGUAGAAGACUCUUAACUUGAAUACAGUCCAAUUAUGCAGAUAACUUAUCGAAUAAGUGCCUUAUCUGGACCGGAAUAAAAAUUAUCCAAAACGCAAUUCAAAACAUUUCCUUUGUUCAAAUUCAAGUGGGAUUAUUUUAUGAAUAAAGCAUGGUAGCCCGACUAACAUAAUCUUGAUUUAUAUUUAACUUCUUUUGGGAUUUUUUUUUUAUGCAGAAUAAAAAUAUUUUGCAACUGUCAACUCACUGUGGCAGUGAUUGGGAAAGGUUUUGAUGAAAGUAAUAUAUUGCUGAUCGUCCUGCAUAUAUGUUCUACUGGACACAAUUGGAUAUCGUUUUGUUUCUUUGGCUUUCUUAUUCUUCUAACCUAGCGUUGGUUAUCAUCGAACUACAUUCUGCACUGCUUGCAUUUAGUCAUGCGAGAUUUUUCAGUUACUCCAUUCCACAAUUCCUAAACGUCAGAGCUUACUGUGCUAAACAUGGACAACAUCUUUAGUCUUUUUUGACUUGAUUGAAUUACCAUGAACCAUUUUCUUGUAACAUUUCCAGAAUGAUCUCUAAAGAAGUGCCUUUUAAAGCAUGGCGAAAUCUCUGACGGUUGUCCGUUUCUUGAAAUGAAUGUUUUUGUUCUCAAUUUCUGCAUUUUUCUAUGUUUAAAAUGCAAUAAACGUCCUCUUUACUUAAACAGCAUAUGUAUUUCUAUAUAUGA